AUGGAUGGAGAUGAUAUGGCAAGAAUUAUUUGGAAUUAAGUCAAGGAAAAGUUGAUCCUCCCAUAUCUUGAUAUCGAAUUAAAAUACUUUGAUCUCUGUAUGGAAUAAAGAGAUAGGACAAACGAUCAAGUUACCAGGGAUGCAGUAGCUGCUAUUAAGCUCUACAAGGUUGGUAUUAAAUGUGCAACCGUCGAUCCAGACGAAGCCAGAGUAAAGGAAUGUAACUUAAAAGAAAUGUGGAAGUCACCAAAUGGGACAAUUAGGAAUGAGUUAAAUGGUACUAUCUUCAGGGAGCCCAUUAUCAUCAAAAGCAUCCCCAGAUUUGUGCCAGGUUGGACAAAGCCAAUCAUAAUUGGAAGGCACGCUUUCGGCGAUAUUUAUAAAUCGAUAGAUGUUGUUGUAGACAAGGCAGGUAAAUUCUAGAUGAAAUUCAUCCCUGAUGAUGGAUCAGAGGAAAAGACUUACAAUGUAUUCGACUUCAAUGAAGCUGGUGUCAUUGUGGGAAUUAUGCUCUUAAGAGAAAUUACCCUCUAUACUUGA